CAACAGCUUUCACUGUAGCAUUUUAUUCAACAGUAGUCUGUUACGUAUUCAGUGGGGCCUUUCCCUAGUACUAUCACCAUUGUAUAAAGAUUUUGGACAUUUCUGUCACACUUUAUACUGGUUUACGCAGUUGCCUGUACUGUAACUAUUAUAGAUUCUUCGUCGCAGUCAUUACGUCAAAAUGACCGAGAAGGAGGCAUACCCCUCGCCAUGGUUCUAUUUUCAGGGCGCCCGGUUCUGUUCACCGGUUGACCCGCGCGGUUUGGAACAAGUGGAGUCGUUUGAAGUGAGAGAUGACGACGUCUUCGUGUCUGCCUAUCCCAAGUCAGGAACGACUUGGACACAACAGAUCGUCUCACUUGUGACCGCCGGAAGUAACUUUAGCGAGGUCAGUAAGAUCCCCGUGACUAAUCGAGUUCCGUGGCUAGAGACAGAAGACGUUCACAGUGGACCAGAAGCGCCCCCUACCAUCUCUUUGCUGAACGACAGCCCCUCCCCACGUCUGAUGAAGACCCAUCUGAACUACAGCAUGCUGCCUAAACAAGCUAGAGAGGGGAAAGGAAAGAUCGUGUAUUGCGCCCGGAAUCCCAAAGACGUAGCCGUGUCCCUGUAUAACAUGGUACAGAUGAACGACCUGCUGCCGCCCUUGUCCUGGGAAGAGACAGUGGAAGAAUUUCUCUCAGGACCGCCCAUGAACUCAUGGUGGACCGCUAUUCCUGAGUACUGGCGCCAUAAGGACAACAACAACCUCCUUUUCAUCAAGUAUGAAGAUAUGAAAAAGGACCUCCGAGGCCAUGUGAUGAAGAUCGCAGAGUUCCUGGGAAGAAACCUGACGGAGGAACAGAUAGACGAGGUGACAGCAAACUGUACUUUUACCGCCAUGAAGGGUAACCAAGCAACCAACGUGUCACGUGACCCCGUCAUGGGAGAGAAGAUGUUCAAGCGAGGGAAGGAAAAUGGAAUUGAGUUCGUGAGAAAAGGGAAGGUGGGUGAUUGGAGGAACUGGUUCUCUCAAGAGCAGCUGGAGAAAUUCGAGGCUUUCCAUCGAGAGAAAAUGGCGGGAACAGACCUCACUUUUGAUGAUGAAGAAUAGAUAAUAAUUGUUUUAUUG